UUCGUUUUUUCAUUUCUUUCUUGCGAACUCCUUCCGGCGGUUUCUAUUCAAAUACAAAGGGUUGAAUAAAAAUGAAUAAGGAAAUUUUCAUCACAAUUAAUUCCUACCCAUAACCUUCAAUCCCCUCUACAUUUUUUUGAUCCGUUUCUUCUUAUUUCUACCAUGUUUCUGCAGUUUCUUCUCAAUUCAAACGCUUUUAGAUCCUUCAACCCUGUUCAUCACUCCGUUUUCGUCAAGAAAGAUCUGUUGCUGAAUUCUCGAUUCUGGUUUCGUUUUUCUCACCCCAGACGGUAUUACAGUGUUCUGAAUUCUCACCCUCAUCAAUCGUGCUCUUGAAUGCUAAAUUUGAAAGGUGCUGAGGGAGUAAGGAGACACUUGCUGUACUAGAGACGACUGUUACUUUAAGGAAGAGAUGGCGACUUCACCGGCUGCUGGAAGGGAUGAGGAACAUAGCCUUUCUAAACAGAAGGAUGGAGGAGAGCCUACAGUGGAGAUUGAACAGUCCUUGUCAGUUAAUGAGGAUAGCGCCACUCAAGCAAAGGAUAAAGGGCUUGAUGAAGUUGCAAAGGAUAAAGGGCUUGAUGAAUUAGCAAAGGAUAAAGGACUUGAUGAAGUAGCAAAGGAUAAGAACGUUGAUUCAAAAUGUGAGGCUCAAGAGGAAAUAGUGGAGAGGGAGACCGUCCAAAGUGAAGUGUAUCACGAGGUGGAAACCAAAGUGGAUUCCCAGUCUAAAUCUGAAGGUGAAAAGUUGGAUCAGAUUAACAGAAAUGACGAUUCUAAUGAAAAUCUAGCUGAGGGUAAGAAUGCAGAAUCUGAAACGUCGUCAGAUGAUUCAGAUAAUGAUGGCGUCGACUCAAAGGCUCAAACUGGGACAAACCAACCAACUGGAGAAGUUAUUGGCGAGGAGAAAUCUCCAGAGCCAGUCUUUGAUGGGACUGAGAUUCCUGGGAUUGAAGGUAGUGGGAGUUUGUCAAACCGUUCCAUGGAUAGUGAUUCAGAGAGUCAAGGUGUUGUUGACAGGGCUUUGGCACUAAAAAACUUUGUUAAAGAAAAGGGUGUCGUUGCAGUGUCUAAUGUUUUACGGCGUUUUUCGGGAAAAAAAGAUGAAGAAAAUCAGGAUAUUCCUAAUGACGAGACUAAGGAUGAUUCCUGUUCCAAUAAAGAAAAUGAAGCCAAGGAAAUCCCUGAAAAACCUUUGGAAAGAUCUGCUUGGAAUCCCCUCAACUAUAUUAAGAUAUCACGUGAUGCUGAUGCACAAAUCAAAACUGACCAGGUGGAGGAUGCUGCUGGAGAACAAACCUUAGAUGUUGUUCUAAAAGGCAGAAUUGUUCUAUACACACGGUUAGGUUGUCAAGAAUGCAAAGAGGCUAGAUUAUUUUUGUUUUGGAAGAGACUUAGGUACGUUGAGAUCAAUAUUGAUGUUUAUCCGGGUAGAAAGUUGGAGCUUGAGAAAAUUGCGGGGUCUCCUGCCGUUCCAAGGGUAUUUUUCAAUACAGUCCUUAUUGGAGGCGUAAACGAACUAAAAGAGUUGGAUGAGUCUGGCAAGCUUGAUGAGAAAAUUGAGUAUCUGAAAGCCGAAGCUCCAACCCUUGAAGCCCCUUUACCACCUCUUUCUGGUGAAGAUGAUGUCUCCAGUAGUGGGACUGUUGAUGAAUUGGCUAUGAUUGUUCGGAAAAUGAAAGAAUCUAUUGUUGUUAAGGACCGGUACUGCAAAAUGCGACGAUUCACCAACUGUUUCCUUGGCUCAGAAGCUGUGGAUUUCUUGUCAGAGGAUCAAUACUUGGAAAGAGAAGAGGCUAUUGAAUUUGGACGAAAGCUCGCAAGCAAACAUUUUUUCCAACACGUUCUCGAGGAAAAUCUGUUUGAAGAUGGUAGCCACUUAUACCGGUUCUUGGAUGAUGAUCCCGUCGUGGCAACUCAAUGUCACAACGUUGCAAGAGGUAUAAUUGAGGUGAAGCCAAAGCCGAUAACAGAUAUUGCAUCAAGGCUGAGAUUUCUAUCCUUCGCCAUUCUGGAAGCCUAUGUAUCAGAGGAUGGAAAGCAUGUAGAUUACAGAAGUAUUCAUGGGAGUGAGGAAUUUGCUAGGUAUUUGAGAAUUGUGGAAGAGCUCCAAAGAGUUGAAGUGCACAAUUUGGCUCGGGAAGAGAAGCUCGCUUUCUUUAUUAAUCUCUACAAUAUGAUGGCAAUUCAUGCAAUAUUGGUAUGUGGACAUCCUCUUGGAGCGCUGGAAAGAAGGAAACUGUUCGGAGACUUCAAAUAUGUUAUUGGAGGGGCCACCUAUUCACUUUCAGCUAUUCAAAAUGGAAUUUUGAGGGCCAAUCAGAGACCACCUUACAAUCUCAUGAAAUCAUUUGGUGCAAGAGAUAAACGUUCUAAAGUUUCUCUUCCGUAUGUAGAGCCUUUAAUUCAUUUUGCACUAGUAUGUGGUACCCGAUCCGGGCCUGCCCUUCGAUGCUAUUCUCCAGGCAAUGUAGAUCAUGAGUUGAUGGAAGCAGCACGAAGUUUCUUAAGAGACGGAGGACUUAUCAUGGAUUUGAAUAACAAUUCUGCAUCAGUUAGUAUGAUUCUUAAAUGGUUUAGCACGGACUUCGGUAAGAACGAGCAAGAAGUCAUGAAGCAUGCUUCAAACUACUUGAAACCAGAAGAUUCUCAAGCAUUGCUUGAAUUGCUUGCCAGUUCCCAAUUGAAGGUAGUAUAUCAAACAUAUGAUUGGGGUUUAAACUGUUAACAUAGCUGGCUCCAAAUAUUAGUAAAAAUGCUGCUUUAGUCAAACAAACAAACUUAAAGGUAUGAAUAUUGGAAGUAAGUAUUACCUCAGAUCCAUUAUAGCGAACCAAAAGGGCACAUGAGACGGUGCAGGGAAAGGCAAAAUAGUGCAUUAUUACCCUUUGGAGUUUCUUUUCUUAAUUGUUUACUGUGUAGUUGUGCGUCCGAAUGUAGUGUGUAUAUUCAUAUUAUAUUGAAAGAAGUAUGAUACAACCAAUAUACAAAAAGUAAUGCCUGUUUCUUGAUCA